AUGAAGCCAAGAAUCAGAACCUAUCGCAGGAUAUUCGCCAUCCUCGUGCUAAUCGACAAGGCGCCAGCCAUUCACCAGUUCAUCAGAGAGGGGGUCAACGACUCAGACUUGCCGCUAGUUAGGUCAGGAACCGAGAAAGACAUGCGAAGGUCUCGAGCCCUCGAUAAAGAGCUGAAGUGCUUCGGGAGCGGAUGGACGGGGAUCCAAAUCCGAAACUUCGUGGAAUAUCAGUGGACAACCCUAGCUCCAUUCUUUUCGAAGAGCGAAGAACGCAAGGAGGUUCGCCACUACCCGCUCCAAGAUCGCGUGAUACUACCUUUUUCCCCAAACAAGAAACAGGGCGAAGUAAACGAGGAGCUGCUCGGUGGCGGCGGCCGCGUGUUCAAAACCGGCAUCCACCCCGACCAUCACAACUUUCACGCCUUCUUCGACUGCCCUCGCGCCGCAUCCCCGCCAGACCAUGGUGACGAGAGCCCCGAAUGCACCUGCGUUUUCGCCAUCAAAUGCCUUCACUCGCAGGACAAGGAGAGCUUCAAGAAGGAAGUCGACAUGCUCAAGAAGUUCAGCAACAAUGCACACCCGAAUCUCAUCUCCCUGCUCGCCACGUACGAACAAAAUGGAACGUUCUUCCUCAUCUUCCCGUGCGCCGACGACGACCUGCAAACCUACUGGAAGAAGAUGCCCCCCCCCCCGCCGGGGACGCCGGCGGCAAUCGUGGGGAACCACGGCGACAUCAAACCGGAGAACGUGCUCUGGUUCCGCGACAUCACAGAGGCGCGAAGCGACGGCCGGUCCAGCGGUCGCGGUCGCGGGACGCUCAAGCUGUCUGACUUCGGCCUCGCCGACUCAAGCUCCAGUCGGACCGCAUCCAGGCGGUUCCACAGCAACGUCGCCGUGACCUGCAACUACCGCGCUCCCGAGUGCGACUUGCCCAACCAGGGCGGAAAGGGACGGCAGUACGACAUGUGGACGCUAGGAUGCCUGUAUCUCGAGUUCGUCACCUGGCUAGUUGGAGGCACCGCGCUGCUCGACGAAUUCGUACGUGAACGGCUGUCCGUGGACAUGGCAUGGUACGAGAUUGAGACGGACACGUUCUUCCACCUGGAUAAGGACCCCGAAACGAAGAAACUCUACGCGGUCGUCAAGCCAUCGGUUACAGCGUUCAUCCAAAGACUCCGCUCCGAAAGGAGGUGUACGCCGUUCAUUCUCGACUUUCUGGACCUGAUCGAAACGGGGCUGUUGGUAGUCAAGAAUCCGAAGCCGUUCGUCAAGGGAAGGCUUAGUAUCAACGAAGCGCAUGCUAGGCUCACCAAGAUGGUGCAAAAAUGUAACACGGAGCGGGAGUACGCUUGCAAAUCGUUGUACUAUAUGUCUGCAAGUCAAGGGGUUGAGUAG